UAUAUACUACAKUGAAUCUUAUUGUUUUAUGGCCAUAGGWGGAGUAACCAGAGCUGUGUGCAUAAUCUUUUGUGCGGGGGUACGCCGAUGGCCUCUAAUGUGACAACUUAUCAGGGAACGACGAUGGUGCUCCUAUUGUUUCAAGAUCACAUUCGCUGCCACCCGGGACCGAUUGCAGAGGGAUGGAUUCUCUCUCAGGAUGCAAAAGAGUGCGAUGACAUCGUCCUUCACCUUGGUCAUCACGUCGAUCCAAUCCGAAGCAGCGUUGGCAUUGCCGUUAGUUUCCUGCUCCCGCAACAACCGGAAAAGGCCUGCCUCCCUCAGCAUGAAUUCGAUGUCCAGGCCACGGUUUCGAAAGUGGCGGUCGACUCCCUCGCGAUCACGCAGCGAAAACGAGACGUCCUCGCGGGCGUGCUGAACAAAGAGCCUCGAUCGCGCUCSAAGUGGUUCGUCGCUGUAGCCACUGUGUAUAGYAUCCGACUCCGAUCCUGGCCUGCGGCGGGGUUGGUUCCGGUGGUUGUAGACCAGGGACGAUGCCCUGAUAUGAAUGUCCGGAUCGUGGCGGACCAGUCGAAACAGGGCGUUCCAGCCCGAUUGGCCGACCGUUUGAUGAAAGGCGCACCCGGAGAACUCAAGAUGCGCCAGGUGCCCAUUGUUCUCCAUAAGGGCCUCACACAUGGCGGCGACGGCACCGUUCUGGACCGACAGGCCCGAGAGUAUUAGCCUGGACAGCGACUGGAACCCCGCAAGUAUCCUCAGCGUCGUGGUAGAGAGGUCGGGAACGGUUCGCCGCAGGCGGAUCCGGCUCAGAAUCGAUUUUGAGAUCUUAAUCGUCCGGAGGUUCCCAGAAACUGCGAGUGCCUGAAGCAACUCGUCAAAAGGGGAUAAUUCCUCGUCAUCGCCGCCGCCGUCGUCGUCGCCACUGGGGGAGCUUGUAGCGUCCGU